UCAUUUUUACAAUAUGAUUCUGGUGCAGGCAAUGAUCGCAUAAUAAUAUUUUCAUCACUUGAGCAACUACAACUCCUUGAAAAUUGUGAACAACUAUUAGUUGAUGGUACCUUUAAGGUCACGCCAUCAAUCUUUUAUCAAUUAUAUGCAUUACACGUAGUUUAUCGUAAUUCUGUUUUGCCUGUUGUAUUUGCUUUGCUACCCAAUAAAACUGAACAAACAUAUCGUCGUCUUAUUGAUAAAUUAUCGGAACUUUGUCCAUUAUGGAAUCCAAAAUAUAUAAUGAUGGAUUUCGAAAAAUCUUCAAUUAAUGCAUUUGCUGAUAAAUUUACAACAACAACAAAUCCAUCUGUUAUGUCUGGCUGUUUUUUUCAUCUAUAA